UUCCCGUUUUCUAUGGCAUCUUGAAGUGGCGACGAGAGAAGGUCGGGGAGAACCUGAGCAGACGACGCACAUCGCCCAGCGCCCCUCGCGUGCCCAGUUGGGAAUUUGGCAGUGAGCGGAGAGCAAGAGCGUUUGCCAUGUCCAAGGAAGAGUUGAAGUACCUGAGCGGCUUUGGCUCCGAGUUCGCCACCGAGGCCCUCCCAGGAGCUCUCCCCGAAGGACAGAACAACCCGCAAGUAUGCCCCUACGGCCUCUAUGCUGAGCAGCUCUCCGGCACUGCGUUCACGGCGCCUCGCGAGACCAACAAGAGAGCUUGGUUCUACAGGAUCAGGCCCUCCGUCCACAAGCCGUUCGCGCCCAUCAAGCACAAGUACCUGGACUGCAGCUUCGACAAACGGCACCCGAAUCCCAACCAGCUGCGAUGGAACCCGUUCGACAUUCCCUCGGAGCCGACGGACUUCGUGGAGGGCCUGAGGACCGUGUGCGGCGCAGGGGACCCAACUGUCCGCCACGGCUGCAUCAUCCACAUCUACGCCUGCAACAAGUCAAUGGGAGAUGCCGCCUUCCAGAACAGCGACGGGGAUUUUCUUAUUGUGCCACAGCAGGGAGUGCUAGACGUCACCACAGAGUACGGCCGCCUUCGAGUGGGACCCAAUGAGAUCUGCGUGGUUCAGUCGGGAAUGAGGUUCAACGUGGCUGUUCAAGGUCCUACUCGAGGCUACAUACUCGAGGUAUACGACGGCCACUUCAUCCUGCCGAACUUGGGUCCCAUUGGUGCCAACGGCUUGGCUAAUCCACGAGACUUCCUGACGCCCGUUGCCUGGUAUGAGGACAGGGAGGUCGCUAACUACCGCAUCAUUACCAAGUACCAGGGCCACCUGUUCGAGGCACUCCAGGGGCAUUCUCCCUUCGACGUGGUGGCUUGGCACGGCAACUACGUCCCCUACAAGUACAACCUCAAGAACUUCAUGGUUAUCAACGCAACGGCCUUUGAUCACGCUGACCCGUCCAUCUUCACGGUGCUGACCUGCCCCAGCACGAAGCCGGGCGUCGCCAUCGCCGACUUCGUCAUCUUCCCUCCGCGCUGGGCCGUUCAGGAGCACACGUUCCGCCCGCCCUACUACCACCGGAACUGCAUGAGCGAGUUCAUGGGCCUGAUCUUCGGCAACUACGAGGCCAAGGAGAAGUUUAGGCCAGGGGGCGCCUCCUUGCACUCCAUGAUGGUGCCACACGGUCCCGACGUCCAGUGCUUCGAGGGAGCUUCCAAGGGCGAGCUCAAGCCUGUCAGGGUAGCGGACGGCACGCAGUCGUUCAUGUUCGAGACGAGCCUGGGCCUGGCGCUGACGGAGUGGGGCGAGGACACCUGCCGCAAGGUGGACGCCGGCUACUUCGAGUGCUGGCAGGGCCUCAAGAAGAACUUUGACCCGAACUGGAAGCCUGAGAAGAAGGAUUAAGGUCUGGGAACUCUGAGCGAUUCCCGGACGAGAUAUGUCAUGGAACGAAGGAGAAAAUGCCAUGGAACGAAGAGGAGGAGUCUGUCAGAAUCGUUGAAUGGGGAAAUUGCAAUAAUAUUCUUAUUCGUUGUCUAUUGUGUAGUUUUAUGAAAGAUUGAUGUAAGAUAAUCAGAUAAGAAAAACAAAAACAAAGGUACCUAUUACAUUCUUGGCGUAUAUUAAGGGGAAACUACAAUAGUUAUUCUGUGUUACAUUAGUUAAAAAUUCAGGACAGAUAUAGGCAGAUUAAUACAAACCACACCUACAUUUGUGUACAUUUUAACCAGUAUAUUUCCCGAGAGUUGUAAAAAAAUGUAAAAACCAGAAUCUCAAUAGCUCAGAGUUGUGUUUCGAAAUAAUAGCAGUAGCAUUCCUAGUAGCAUUCCUAGCUUCAGCUUUCUGUGUCUUCCUGCCAUCAAGUUCAUAUCUGUUCUUAGAAGCAGUUCAGUGUUAAUUUGGAAGUGAACGGAGCAGGCAAGACACACUAACUGACCCCUGUAUAUGCUCAGUAGCUGUUAGUAAACAAAGUUUGGUCGGCUUUGGGCUCGAUGGUAGAAAAUUGUAUAUUGGACCAAUAUUCAGAACUGAUAAAUAUUUUUGUAAGUCUGA